AUGACGUCGUCGUCAUCAUCUUUACUGCCGUCGACAACAGCCGUGGUUCCAAUAGCGAAUGUCGAAACAAAAUCAACGAAGAAUAGACAAUACCUUUGCUUACUUUCCGUAAUUACUGCUGGACUAUUGGAUGAAGAUAUCGGCUCGGACGAACAGGAAAUCAUUGAAAUUGUCAAUCUUAUUAUCGAUGUCGAUCAGAAACAAAGAGUAGCAGUACAUCGUCAAUACGUCCGACCAUCGUUGAUAGAAAACUUAACUGAUGAAUCGAAACAAGCCAGUGGAGUUGAUGAAAACCUGGUGUUUUCAUCAGAUAUUGAUCUUGACGGUGCAUUGGUCAAAUUUGAUAGAUUUUUACGCGAUCAAUACUUACAUCCAGAUUUUAAUGUUAAUUUUACACUUGUUUGCGAGAAUUGUCUUCACUUACGGCAGUGUCUUCAUCCCGAAAGUGUGAAAAAAUCGACCGUACCGCUACCAACUUACUAUUGGUCAUACUUUGAUAUGAGACAUGAAUUUGCACAUAUGUAUACAACAACAGAACGUCCAGAUUUGAAAAUCAUGCUUGAAAAAUUGUCUAUUACUUCAGUUGAUGAACCGGAUUAUUGUAUGCGACAUGCGAGAAAUAUGGAAUUGAUUGUCUACCAAAUGCUCAAAGAUGGCUAUCAGUUCAAAAAACCCGAAUCUAUAAUGGUUCAUUUGCAACAAGGCUUAUGUUCGUUGGAGGAUAACAUUGAAGAAAGUACGGUUGUUCGAGCACGUGGUUUACCAUGGCAAUGUACCGAUCAAGACGUAGCGAAGUUUUUUCGUGGCCUUGAUAUAGAAAAGGGUGGUGUUGCUUUAUGCCUAAGCAGCCAAGGCCGUCGUAAUGGUGAAGCAUUAGUUCGUUUUGUUACUGUUGAACAUCGAGAAUUAGCUCUUCGGCGACAUAAACAUCACAUUGGCCAACGUUAUAUUGAAGUCUACAAAGCAACGGGACGAGAUUUUCUCAAUGUUGCUGGAGGUAAAUACUGA